AUGGCAGAAUUGGUGUCCCCUCCCGCACCAGUCAAGGCGGAAGCGUACCAGCAGGCUCUCUGCGACCAGAUACGCCGACCUGCGUUCCAGACCGCACCGUACGCUGACCAGUUCUCACUCCAGCAAGGAACCAGCUCGUGGCGACACGGCAAAGCAAAGAUCAGCUCCUGGGAAAUCGAUUCAUAUUACGCCCAGCAGCCGCCCCCUGUGGUGACCAUCCCUGAGAGGAGGUUCCACCCGCCGUCCGCCAUGACUCCUGACGCCCAACACUACAAUUUCAAUCCAUACUUUAACCACAACUCCAACCUCUACUCAAGCUUCACCCACAGUCAGUCUGCCCACUUGCCACUGGAGCAUCAGCACCUGCUGGUUGGGCCACCAAUGCCCCCUUGUGGUGUGGAGGGGAAGCGCUGCAGGAAGACUCCUGGCAAGAAGAGACCCGCCAUUCACAGCUGUGAGUAUCCUGGCUGCAGCAAAACGUACACCAAGAGCUCGCACCUCAAAGCUCACCUCCGGACACACACAGGAGAAAAACCGUACCAGUGCUCAUGGGACGGCUGCAGCUGGAAGUUUGCACGUUCGGAUGAGCUGACGCGUCACUACCGCAAACACACAGGCCAGAAACCGUAUCAGUGCGUGCUCUGUCAGAGGGCCUUCUCCCGCUCGGACCACCUGGCUCUGCACAUGAAGAGGCACGCCUGAGGCCAUCACACGCGUCAUUAGCAGUAUUCUGGAGCCCACGUUUCUACAAUUCCUGUCUCAGUAAACGGAAACCAAUCAGUCACUUACAGCUCAUAUUUGGUUUGACACUGUAGAGACAGGUCCCAUAUCAUUCCCAAGGAUUGGUGAAUUAAAACUCCUCUGUAGUCAUGCAAAACGGUCAUCACAACAAGUUCUUGCAUUGCUUUAUUUAACAUUCAUUUGGAAUUGAAGUUUCACGAAUCUUAACAUUGUUCGGAAGGACCUUUAUUGAACAACUGGAUUCUUAACUUUUUGACCAAAUGAUGACCAGUGAGUGUGUUUUCACUUUGCUAAUAAUAAUAAUAAUAAAAUAGAACAAUGACAGACUCAACAUGAAGCUAAGAAACUUGUGCAGUGUGUGUCCCACGUCACAAACACCAGACACACUACACGUGCAGGCUUAAACACUAACGGACCACAGGUAUGUUCAAGGGACAAAAUGAUUGUUUCUAAUCCCGUAAAUGUCACCGUAGCAUAUUUUUAAAGACUCAGGGUUUUACUUUAAUGUGUGUGUUUAAUUUAAUAUUCCCUGUGUGUCAUGAUUGUAAGCCUUAUUUGUUCAUAUCUUAACGCUUCAUGUCAAGUGAA